UCACAAGAUGAAAUUGAAUGUUAUGUAAAUCGAAUAUAGUUAAAUUUUGACGUAUUGUAUAUUACAUCUAAUAUUAUAUAAUAUUACAUAAAAAUAUAUAUUUGUAGAAUAUAUGUUUAAUGAUUAUGGGAAAUGUCUUAAAUUGUGUGUCAACAACAAUCAACAAAUAUUUGUUUUUAGAAAGAAACGUUUCAGUGCAUUGACAAAGAUAAUUUUGAAACCAAUAACAAUACUUAAUAACUUAUGCUAUUCAAAACUACAACUGUAUAUAUAUAUUUGUAUAUUUAUAUAAUGAAUUAUGAAUUAUCUGAGUUUGUAUAAUUCAGUAUUUGUUUGUAUAUAUUUUUAUAAUAUUUGUACUCCAUUAACUUUGAAUUCGUAAUGGCUAUGGCACGUGGUAAAGAUUUUUUAACAGAAUAUUGGUUUGAUAUAUUAUUGAGAAUUGUCUUAGUGGGAUUAUUUAUAGAAUUAGAAAAUGCAGAACCAUUUACUAGGAAAAUUCAUGAAGAUGAAUUAUGGUUAUAUAAAAAUCCAAGAACAGAAUCUUAUGUUCCAACUACUAUAUUAUGGCCCGUAGUUUUUAUAAUGCCUGUUGUUGUAAUCUUUUGUGUAUUUUUGUUUUACAAAGACAAAACUGAUAUUUAUCAAGCAAUAUUAUCUGUAACUUUAGCAUUAGGAUUUAAUGGUGUUAUUACAGAUAUUAUAAAACUUGUUGUUGGUCGCCCUAGGCCAGACUUUUUUUGGAGAUGUUUUCCUGAUGGACAAACAAAUCCAGAUUUUAAAUGCAAUGGAAAUCCAGUUGCUAUAAAAGAUGGAAAGAAAUCAUUCCCAAGUGGUCAUUCCUCUUUCGCAUUUGCAAGUUUUGGUUUCAUUGCACUGUAUGUAGCUGGUAAAUUACAUACAUUUAGUUUAGUGGGCAAAGGACAAUCAUGGAAAUUAUGUGCUUUUGUAUUACCAAUUUGCAUUGCUCUUUUAAUCGCACUGAGUAGAACAUGUGAUUAUCAUCAUCAUUGGCAAGAUGUGGUUGCAGGUUCCGUGAUAGGAUACUUUUUGGCAUAUAUAUGUUAUAGACACUAUUACCCACCAUUAAAUUCACAGGUAUGCCAUAAACCAUAUGCUGCUCUCACCCAUCAAAUUCAAUUGGAAAAUGCAAAAAACAAAAAUGAACAAAUCAAAUGGAUAUAACAAAAAAGACUUUACAGUAUUAAGAUUAUCAUGAUAAUUUAAAAUAAAAUCGUGAAAUUGUCGUAUAUUUUUUAUAUAUUAAUUUCCAUUAUUUGUUAUUUAUAAAUGCAACAAGUAAUAUAAAUAUAAAUUAAAUAUUUAUAUUGUAAAUAUACACUCUGUAUUAUUUAAAAAAAUACCAAUGUAAUCAAUAAAAGCUAUUUGCUUUAGUAAAAA